AUGCUGCCCGGGCGACAGGGUGGCGGACGCGCAAACUUUGUGGUUGCCGUCCGCUGCCGACGCCUCGAUGCCCGCGAGGAGGUGGUCGCCUCGCCGCGGUUCGCCCGGUGCGGGAGCGCGCGCCAGCACUGCGUCCUCCUCAACCGCCCCGCCACGCCCCCACCGUCCGCUGCGGCCGCGGCUCACUCGGGGGGAGGAGGGGAGUUGCAGGCGAGCGUAGUUCUCGUUGACCCGGACGCCCGUGGAGAUCCCACCGCGCGGUGGAGGAACUGCGGUGCGGCCUCGCCGGAGGGGACAUCGCUGCAGCUGCGGCUGGACGCGGAAGGGCUGCGGCGUGCCCUGGCCGGCCUCGAUGGGGUGCGUUGCUUUAACUUUGACGCGGUGUUCCCACCCACGGCGACGAAUGAGGAGAUUUACGCCGCCCUUGUCCAGCGACUCGUGGUUGCCGCGGAAAACGGCUACAACGGGACCGUCUUUGCGUACGGCCAGACAGGGACAGGGAAGAGUCACACCGUGUUUGGGGAGACGGAUGAGGGCGUGCCCGGGCUAUGCACGCUUGUGGCGGCCGACCUCUUUGGCCAACGCCGCCGACCCGCAUGGCUUCCCGACCCCGGUGCGCCAGCACGCCUCGUGCGAGCUCCUUCACAGCAAGCGAGGGAGGAAACAAGCAUGAUAUUUGUGUCCUUUAUGGAAUUAUACAACGAGCGGCUGCGUGACCUCCUCGUUGACCCGGCCACGGCCACAGCGGCGGAGGGUGUGCAGGGCCGGAUGGAGGGAACACGGGGCCGACGUCCCCCUUCCUGUCGGUACGACGACUUGGAGGUGGUGGAGCAUCCUCUGCAUGGGGUGCAGGUGCCGCGGGCGACAAGUGUCCGUGUGCGCUGCGUUGCGGAGCUGCAGCAGCUGCUGGAAGAGGGCGGCCGCCGCCGCACCAAGGCAGCCACAACCAGCAACAAGGCGAGCUCACGCAGCCACGCCAUUGUGCAGUUUAUCGUGAGGCGCCGCAUCGGAGACGUCGCGGAUGCGGCGGACGCGCGUGAUGCGCGGCAGGUCGCGGCAGGCCGCAGGGAGGAGGAGGCGCUGUGCUCUUUCCUCACCGCAAAACUCUCGAUGGUGGACUUAGCCGGCAGCGAGCGAGUGUCGGGGUUCGCAGGCCUGACGACCGCAGCCUCUGCAGAGGGAUCUGGCGCCCACAGCUUCGGCGGCGUGCCCCGCCAGCCGGACAGCCGUCGUCGGGAGGGAUCAAACAUCAACCGAAGCCUCCUGGCGCUGGGCAACUGCAUCAAGGCCCUCGGAACCGCCUGCCGCCGGCCACGGCGCAUGGGCGCCGCCUUUGGCAGUGACACAGCGGCUUACGUUUCUCACUUGCGGCGGCAGCAGGCCCUUUCCGCGCAAGGCAACGCGCCCACGUGUGCGGCCCAUGUUCCGUACCGCGACAGCAAGCUGACGCGGCUGCUGAAGCAGUCGCUGGGCGGCAACACACAGACCGUCAUGUUGGCCACCGUCUCCCCAAGCUGCGCCUGCUUCGAGGAGACGCUUUCGACGUUGAAGUACGCCGCGCGGGCGCGAAGCAUCACACGCCAGGUGCGUCAAAAUUUCCUCCUGGCGGCGUCGGACAAUGAAGCGGACGAAGCGGAAGGGAAUGUGCCGCCGACGGCGCAUGACGGUGGUCGUGUCGCGUCAUCCGACAACAACUGCGCUUGGGAGGCGGAGCGGCAGGCAAAUGACCGGCUGCGGCUGCUGGAGCUUGAGGCGGAGGUGCGCUCGCUGCGCACGCAGUUGCACGUGGCAGAGGCUGCGACGGAGAAGCUGGGGUUGCCGCGAUCUGGUGGGGACUUGACAGACGUCACGCCUGUCGUCUCAGCAGCCGCAUCGACGGUGGGCUCCGACGAUGUCGCCGGCAGAAGUAUGGAUGUGGAUCGUUGUUGGGCAAUUUACAAAGAGACACGCCGUGAACUACGGACCCUGCUGCAGGAGAGGGCGACGGCGUCUGCGAGGCGGGAGAAUAACGCAGGUGGGCUCCGGGCUUGGGGAAGCAAAGGGCCUAUCCGUGAGCUGCUGCGGCAGGAGCGGCAGAAUGUGCUGCUGCGGGAGCGACAGCGCCGCAUAGAGGCAUUUCUGUUAUAG